UGCCAAACGCCUCUCACACCAUGAAGUCGGUUCUCUCGCUCGCUGCGCUCUGCCUCCUCGUGCCGUCGGCGUCCGGCUACGGCAAGUUUGUUGCCCUCCUCCCUAACGGCAACAAGGUCGCUGGCACGGCCGCGGUCGGCCACGUCGACCCCAGUGGCGGCGGCGCGCGCAACGCCUUUGGCAAGGACUUUGCCGCUAAUGGCCUAGCGUGGAACACGGCGCUGUGCAAGCUCGACUCGGAUGGCGACGGCGCGACCAACGGUGAAGAGCUCGGCGAUCCGUGCUGCACGUGGACGGCCGGCGCGGCCCUCACGUCGACGGCUGCCCCGACGUCGCCGGGCACGAAGGACACGUUCACGACGGCGCAGCUGGCGGCACUCAAGUGCGCUUCGGCGCCCGGUGGCAACUCGACGGCCAAGCCUGGCAACUCGACGACGACAAUUGUGACGACCAAGCCGUCGUCGACGACCGCGUCGUCCACGGCCACGACGGCUCCGUCGGCGACGACGACCAAACCCGCGGCCAGCAGCGCAGCGAUCACGUCCGUGUCGUUGACGCUCGCGGUUGCCGCGGUGUGGACCGCUGCCCAGUAAAGAGGGCCGAGAGCACGCUGUAAAUUGAAUGUAAUUUGUUUCUUUUCAUCGUGCUU